UAUGAAUAAUAUGGAAUAUUGUAAUGCCGCUUAAUAAUGUUUAAAAUUGCGGCGUGAGGUCAAACAUCUAUCUACAGCAACGUUUGUAAUUUGGCAUCGUCUGCUGUAGAUACUAAAUAGUGUACAGAUUUUUUCCUGAAACUCUUAAAGGUUUUUUGAAACGAACGAUUAUACGAAUUUUCGAUAAUUUUUUAAUUUUUUAUAAUUUUCAUGCAUAUUUGGUGCUCUAUAAUAUUUAUUUGUUCACAAAUAAUUAUCAGCAUAAUUGACAUACAAAUUUAUAAAAAAACUGGCUUAAUUCAAGAUAUUUUUUGUAUUAGAUUAUGGAUGACGAACUAGAAGACAAGAUUUUAUAUCAGACAUAUGUAUCAUACAUGAAGCUAGUAUCAAAGUUUGCAGUGGGUAUUCCCACAGGAUUAAAUGCUGGAAUAAAUACUCCUUUGGGUUAUUUUUGGAGGAUCAUGAGAGUGUAUGCAUUUAAACCAGAAGUGUUAAUUUGUGGUGCAGUUUUGGCAAUAAUUUUAUUUUAUAUACAAGCUGUUGAUGUAUGGAGCCGAUCAUUGUUAGGUAGAAUUCAAUAUACGCUUGGUCGUACAACAUCAAAAGUAUCAAAACUACAAUUUUUAGUUAAUGAUUCUGUAAAUAAUGGAGUGAAACUUAGUUGGGAAUUAAAACAAGGACAUAUUGCUGCAUAUGCAGUUCAAGGUCAUAGAGCUCGUAUGGAAGAUCGUUUUGUUGUAAAUGAAGAUAUGAACAAUACAGGUGUAUCUUUAUUUGCAAUAUUUGAUGGACAUGGUGGAGAAUUUGCAGCAAAUUAUGCUCGUGAUAAACUUAUUCCAAAUAUUAAUAAAAAAGUGAUUGAAUUGAAAAAUAUGAUAGCUGGUAAAACAUCAUAUGUAUCAGAAAAUAUACAGAAAAAUGAAGAAAUAGCAAAAAAGGAAGAAAAAAGUGAUGUAGGAUAUCUUGAACGUAAAAAAUCUUUUCGUAAAACUGUGAGCACAUCAUUGACAGAUGAUUGUAAAAAAAAUGUUGAUGUAACUGAUCCAGAAUUGCUUGAUAAAUUGGAUAGUUUACAAAGACCAAUAACAAGAGAAAUAAGACCAUGCAGAACAACAGAAAAGCCUCAAAAAAUAGAUAUUGCAAAUUAUCUUGAUGGAAAUAAAAUAAACUAUGGUAGAUUAUUAACUGAUGAAGUAUUAGCAGUGGAUAGAUUAUUAGUUGAAGCUGCUAAGAAAAACAUGGAUAUAGCUGGCACAACUGCUUUGAUUGCUCUUCUAGAAGACAAUAAAUUAAUUGUAGCAAAUGUUGGAGAUUCAAGAGGUGUGAUGUGUGAUGGAAGAGGAAAUGCUAUACCCUUAUCUUUUGAUCAUAAACCACAACAAGAAAGAGAAAGAAAAAGAAUAAAUAAAGCUGGUGGUUUAGUGACAUUCAAUGGUGUGUGGAGAGUUGCUGGUAUAUUAGCAACUUCUCGAGCUUUAGGAGAUUAUCCAUUAAAGGAUAAAAAAUUAGUUAUUGCUGAUCCUGAUAUUUUAACUUUUGAUCUUAGUGAUCAUAAUCCAAUGUUUAUUGUCUUGGCGUCAGAUGGGUUAUGGGAUACAUUUACAAAUGAAGAGGCUGUUGCGUUUAUUAAAGAACGCAUAAAUGAACCACAUUUUGGUGCAAAAAGUAUUACAUUACAAAGUUAUUACAGGGGUUCUGCUGACAAUAUCACUGUAGUUGUAAUUAAUUUAAAAGAUCGUAAAUAUAGCAUAUCAGAGGCCAAAAAAAAUCAAUAAUGUAAUAUAUAAUGAAUUUGUUUUUUUCCAAAGAUAUUCUAGUCAUUAAUUAUACAUUAACGACUAAGUGUAAAUCUGGAAAAAAAUAAAAAUAUACUUUUGUUUGUGUAAUAUAAAAAUAUAAUUUCAUUCUUUAUAAUCACGUUAAUUUAUAUUAUAUAUUGUAUUAUAUAAUAUUUCGUUUAAAUUUAAUUAUGAUUGUUAAAUAAUAUUGUUGUAAUGUAAAAACAUAGAAUAUUUAUUGAAAAUUUGAUAAUUACAGCAUAAUGUAAUUUAUUAUAAAUUAUUAUAUAAAUAUUUUUAUAUAGAAGAUUCCGUUUAUUUGAGCCACCAAUUAAUCAGGCAGUCAUUUAUUUGAGAUUAAGCUUAAAGAAUAAAAAUUAAUCAUUUGUAGUUUUCCUCUUAAUUGGGACAGCAUAUUGUAAUAGAUGAUUCUAAUAGUAUAGAGAAGAUAACAAGGGACAAUACAAGGAAUAUUUUCCUCCCUCAUUCCAUCCAUAGUUAUCAUAUUAUAUAAUUUUAUUUAAUCAAAACAUAUGCUUAUCUAUAUAAUUGUAUGGAUCUAAUUAAAAAUAACCAAUCAUUCCCUUGUCUUGUCAUCUUUUCUAAGUCGCACUAUUUAUAUUUUGCAUUCUUUUUUUUUUGUUUUUGUUCAUUAUAAUUUUAUUUUUCUAGGAAUU